AUGACCACCAUAACGCCUUUUACGAUAGCCGUCCCCGACGAGCAUAUCAGGCAGCUUAACCAGAAGCUCGAACAAGCGACUUUUCCCGAUGAGCUCGAUGCUGCGGGCUGGGACAUGGGUGUUCCGCUUGUUGAUAUGAAGCGACUGGUUACCAUCUGGCGGGAGAACUUUGACUGGCGUGCCCAGGAAAAGAAACUUAACGAUCAACUCAAGCAAUUUACAGUGCCUGUCACUGUAGAUGACUUUGGAGAUUUGGAUAUUCAUGUUGUGCAUCAUCGAUCUGGGAACCCGCGUGCCAUUCCUCUACUUUUUAUUCAUGGAUGGCCUGGAAAUUUCCUCGAAGUAACCAAGUUGCUUCCAUUGCUCACAAAAGAUGAUCAUGGUCCCGCAUUUGAUGUCGUGGCACCGUCGCUUCCUAAUUAUGGAUUCUCACAGGGGGUUCAGAAGAGAGGAUUUGGCUUGGCCCAAUACACCGAAACCGUUCACAAAGUGAUGAUAGCCCUAGGCUACGAUAAAUACGUCGUCCAAGGAGGAGAUUGGGGCAGCAUUAUCGCCCGCACUCUAGCAACGAACUACUCGACACACAUCUCAGCAGUCCACCUAAACACAAUCCCCGUAUCUCCACCCUAUCCCUGGCGCAACCCACUCCGAUUCCUCCAAUCACUCAUCAGCGUCCCAUUCUCGGCCAAAGACCGCGCUUGUAUCAGCCGGACAUUCGAGUAUGUGACCAAAGGUAGCGGCUACAUGAUACAGCAGGCUUCCCGGCCCCAGACACUCGGGUAUGGACUGCAUGAUAGUCCCGUUGCGCUGCUAGCAUGGAUAUACGACAAGCUGCACUCGUGGUCAGAUAGUUAUAGCUGGACCGACGAGGAGAUCUUGACGUGGGUGAGUGUGUAUUUCUUUUCGACGGCGGGACCGGCGGCUUCUACUAGGAUUUAUUAUGAGGCUUUUGCGCCGAAGCGGGUGACGGUGAAGAAGUGGGUGGGAAUCUUUGACAUGUUUGAGACCCCGGCACCGGCGGGUGUGCGUUUUGCAGUGGCGCAGUUUAAGGGGGAGAUUAUGCAGUGGCCUUUGGCGUGGUAUCGGGCUAUUGGGAAUGUGGUUCAAGAGAGCGAGUUUGAGUGUGGAGGUCACUUUGCGGCUUGGGAAGCACCCGAGUCGAUUGUUGGUGAUUUGAAGAAGUUCUUGGGUAAAGAUGGGGCGGCUUAUGCCGUGGUAGAAGGUAAAGAUGGCUAUUAA